AUUGUUAGUUUUUCUUUGGAGUUAUUCCGGUAAAUAUAAGUCAUAAUUUCUCACAAUACGCGAAAGUGAUGUUCGUUGAUUUUAGAUUUAUUUUACAAUAUAUAAAAUAAACCAUUUAAAAAUUUAACCAUUGAUAUUACACCGUCGAAAAUAAACGAUAUCUUUGACAUUUAAACAAUCACGUGCAACAGUUAUAUUGUUUAUAAAAAAAAAAUGCCUAAUUAUUCCGAACUGUACAGUUUGCCAAGUGUUAGUGCUCUGAGUUUACCUCAUUACGGCAGCGGAACGUUAAGUUAUUUAAAUUAUUCAAAACCUAUAACUCGAUAUCCGGGCGUUUAUAAACCGCACCUUUCGACAAUAUCCGAAAUUAAUUCUACCUACAGAAGAUUGAAUACACCGAAAUUGACAUUUCCCGCCGAUAUUUCUUCGCGCCACAACAUCAAACCGAUCAAGGUCAUUAACACCGCCGAUAUAGACGUAUCGGUGAAUAAAUAUAAGAAGUACGAGAAAAAAUCUCGUUUGAAAAACGUCGAAACGAAAAAUGCGGAACUAGAACAAAAAGAAUCGACGCCGAAACCGGCGAUUAGAAGAGACAGAGCCACAGUUAGGAUAAAAACAGUUCACGCAGAUACUGUGAAACAGGAAAUCGGCGCGUUCAAAACUUGGCGGGAUAAUUUCGAACCCAACGAAUUAGUGGACGAAGUUAAAACGAGGAAAAAAACCAAAGGGGAAAUACUGAAAGAGAAAUUUUUGAUUCGCAGCAGAAGCAAGGAAAAUGUACCUUUAGAAAUUGAGGUUAGUAAGAAAAAUCCGAUAAAAAAAACGUCCAGUUUUCGGGAUAUAUGUACAGCUAUAACGUCGGAAAAUAUUACGGACGAUCUUAAUCCUGGUCAACCGGUCGAGGUGCAGAGAAGACAAAGUAAACAGCUGACUAGUGAAAAUUUAUUGAAAGAUAUUAGGAGGGUGUCGAUUGAAUUUACCGAUGAGGAUUUUAGUUUAUUGAAUAAAAUUUUAUCGACUCGAGAAGAAGAUGACAUACCAGAAGAAUCGUUUAAAACAAAAAAUUUAAUAAAUGAUGAUAAUAAUAUCGAUAUAAUUGAAGAAGCAGAUGAUAAUAUUGAAGUUAAUGACGAAACUGAGGUUUGUUUAAAUAAAUUAGUUACAGGUAAUGAUAAUAAUAUUUUUAAUGAAAAUAAAAAUAGUAAAACAGCUGUUGUUGAUGAUAAUAAUAUUAUAAUUGAUAAUACGAGUGGUAGCACUCGGAAAAAUAUCAAAUUAUUUAAAAGUAGAUCAGAAGAUUCUGUUUCUAAAGUUAAAUUAAGUAAAAAGAAUAAGUUUAAUGAAAAAUCUUCGUUAAAAUGUGUACCUAACCUCAAUAAGGAAUCGAAGAAGGAUAAUUUUAAGGAUAAAACUGACAUUUCGAAACCACUUCCAUCCGAAGACGUUAUAAAUAAUACAGAAAAAGAAUUAAUGGCCGAAAAAAACGAUAAAAUUAAUGUUUUAAAAUCAAAAAUAGAUAUUACUAAUGUAGAAAUACAAGAAAUCAAAUUUAAAUCGAAACCGAUAAUAACGUCUAGCGUGGAAGACAUAAAAACACCCAAAAAAACUUUAAUCGCCAUAGUAGACAAUGUCGAGGUACAAAAAACGCCGGCUAAGAUCGAAAAGAAACUCAAGUUCAACGUAACGGUCGAUAUCGACGAAAACAACAAAAAAAUAAAAAAUAAUGAGAAUUUACAAAGAGCCAGCGUUAAAAAAGGUAAAUUAAUUCAUCCUGUAACAAAAAAAUAUCUAGAAAACGUUUUUAUACAAAAAAUAGAUAAUAAACAAACGUGUAAAAAUAUGAAAGAAUUAAAACCAGUAGUAGAAACAAAAUCUAUACCUGAAUAUAGUAAAAACGAACAAAUAGACAUCGAAAAAGCUAAAACAAACGAAGAAAAUACUAAAAAAUCUAUCAAAAUAACAUCUAAACGUUCCCUAUUAAAUAAAUCAGUUAAAGAAGAUCCCGAUUUGAUGGUGUUCGUUCCGCCGCCCGAAGAAGAACGACAACCGGAAACUACCGAAGAAAAGAAAGACGUCUUUGUACCUCUUCAGUCGAAUCGAUUGACGCAGUGGAUGCAUCCGUGGGUGAAACCUGAGCAAUUCGACGAAUGUCCCGUUGAAAUUUUCGCCAGACCGAAAGUUAUUCGCGGUAGGCAUUAUCCCAGACCGCGUAAACGAAAUAGCAAUGGAGUUUCACAUAUACCGGUAAAUUCCAUCGAUAGUAAUUCGAGUGAUAGUGAUGAUAGUUCGACUGAAGAUACGAGCGCUAGUCUACGAUCUAAUGAUUCGGGUUUUGGUUCGACUGUUCCGGAAAAAAUUAACGUUCUGCAACCGGAAACCAUAACCGACAAACUUGACACUUCUGAUAAUCAAUCAAAUAUAUUUGUACCACCAGUCGAUGGGAAAAUCAUCCCCCCAGCAACAACUUUACCCAGAUUUAAGAAGUAUUGCGUGGAGGAUUUUGAUUUUCUCAAAGUUAUCGGAAAAGGUAGUUUUGGCAAAGUAUUGUUAUCAAAAUUGAAAGGAACAGAUUAUUACUAUGCGGUGAAAUGUCUUAAAAAAGAUGUUAUUAUAGAAGAUGACGACGUUGAAUGUACGCUUAUCGAACGCAAAGUUCUAGCAUUAGGAACGAAACAUCCGUUUUUAUGUCAUUUACUAUGUACACUGCAAACGGAAUCACAUUUAUUUUUUGUUAUGGAAUAUUUGAAUGGUGGAGAUUUGAUGUUCCAUAUAACGACACGGGGUAGUUUCCCCGAAGACGAAGCUCGUUUUUAUUCCGCAGAAAUAAUAUCUGGUUUACAAUUUCUUCAUAGUAAAGGGAUAAUAUACAGGGAUUUGAAAUUAGAUAAUGUUUUAUUGGAUUUUGAUGGUCACGCUCGUUUAGCUGACUUCGGUAUGUGUCAAUUACAAAUAUUUUUAGACAGAAUGGCGGAAUCGUUUUGUGGUACACCUGACUACAUGGCACCAGAGAUAAUCAAAGGUCAGCAUUAUAACCAAGCGGUGGAUUGGUGGUCGUUCGGUGUGCUCUUGUAUGAAUUAUUCCUAGGUCAAUCACCUUUCAGUGGUUGUGACGAAGAUGAACUAUUUUGGUCCAUCUGUAAUGAAAAACCAGUUUUUCCUAAACACCUUUCCACUUACGCCAUUGAUUUAUUAACAUUGUUGAUGGAAAAAGAUCAUACAAAACGGUUGGGUACUAGAUUUUCACCACAUGGUUCAAUACGAGAUCACGAUUUUUAUAAAAAAUUAGAUUGGCAAGCUUUAGAAGCUCGACAAAUAGAGCCUCCUUUUAAACCAAACGUGUGUCAUCCACUUGAUACGCAGUAUUUCGAUACAAAUUUCACAAAGGAGACUGUCAAAUUGUCCCCAACAGAAGUUCAAAAAUUACAGAGUAUAGAUCAAUCUCAAUUCCAAGGAUUUAGCUAUACCAACCCUAAUGCGACCGAUAGAUAAAAUUAUAUUGUAAUUAGAUAAGUUAAUUAAUUGAUAUACUGUGAAUUUUAAUUUGGAAUUAUUUUUUCAGAAAGAAAACAUUAAAUAUUUAACCAGA